AUGAAAGAAACAAAAAGUGAUUCUUUAUCACAUACAACAUUUUAAGAUUAAAGUACAACUGACCUUAUUAUCUAAUAACAAUUAUCCCAAUUAACCAAAUAGAAACAGCGGCAAAGCCAAAAGAUUGUAAAAAAAGGAAAGAUCAAUAAAUUCAAGAAUUGGAGUUAAGAUGACACUAAAAAAUUUUUUAGAAGUCUUUAAUUAUUUGGAACUGAUUUUUACAUGAUCAAUUAUUUGUUCAAUGACAGAACUAGAACUCAAUUAAAAGUACUCUAUUUUAUUUUAUUAUUUCUCUAGCGUAAAUUUAAGAAAGAAAGAAAUAAUGCUGAACUCCAAGCAUCCUUGAAAAAAUGUAGAAGAACAUAAAUUAUGAAAUUAAGAGAAAGGUUAUCUAUUUUAAAAACAGAGCAUCAAUAAAUUAAUAAGACUGAAACCUUAACUUAAUUUACCAGGAAGAGAUUCGAAUCACUGGCUAGUGUAGAUAGUUUAGAUAUAUAACUAGUGGAAGAACUACGACAAUUAGAAUGAC